CCCUGGCCCUGUUCCAACCUCAAAUUCGCACGUGAAUGGUGUUCUGUUUAUCUUCGCGUGUUGUUUGUAAAUUAGUUCAAUAAAAACCUUAAAAAUGACGAAGGAAUCGAAAAGUGAAACCAUGGAAAUUGUUGCAGAUUCGACGGAAAGUAAACCUGCCCCGAAUAUUGACUCAAUAUUGGAGAAUAUCAACAAGAAUUCAUCGAAACGGGCGUCCACAGAGCAGCUUGCACCCACGAAACCGCCUGCAUCGAAGAAAACAAAAUUGCAAAAGGCAGAAAACAAUAUUCCGCGUGGACAACCGAAAUCGGGAAGGCCAUGGAAGUCUGUGAAACAGAAAUUUUCAACAGUGAAGAAAUCCUUACAUCGUCGAUCCUUCGAUAAAAAAGUGGAACUUCGAAAUGAACUGAAGCACAUAAAGGAAUUGUCCAAAUCAAUAAAGGAAGAGCGCAAGGAACAAAAUGAAGCGAAGAAACAGCGACGAAUAGAAAAUGCAAAAAGACGUCUGGAGAACGAACGAAAGGCUGAAAUCGUGCAAAUCAUUAAGAAUCCUGCCAAGAUCAAGAGAAUGCGCAAGAAGCAGUUACGCAUGAUCGAGAAAAGAGAUUUGGCUAAUAUUAAAGUUGUUUAGGAGAAAUAAAUUUGUGAUAGGAAUAUUGAA